UAAUAGAUUGUAUUAAAACAUGUGUUGUGUUUGUUAUGAAUUGAAUUGAUAUUAAUUUAAAGUAUAUUUCAAUUAAUAAGUGAUUCAAACAUUUAAUGAAAUUAUGGGAAAAACAAAGAGAGAAAAACAUGAAGACAUCGAUGAAGACAUGGAUGUAAAGAAAGUGAAGAAAAUAAAGAUUGAAGAAGAAGUGAAAGAAGAAGAAGAGACAGAAGAGAUGUCAAUACCAUUGAAUGACUCGAGACGUUGGACUGAACUGUCUUACGACCAGAAGAUAGACUUCACGUCAAUCAUUGCUAAACCAAUGGCGACGAGAAAACUGGCGAAGAAAUUGUUUAAAUUGAUCCGAAAGGCAUCGAAAAUCAAUAGAAAGACAUUACUUCGUAUCGGACUUAAAGACGUUCAGAUGAGGAUCAGGAAAGGAGAGACGGGUAUUGUUGUGUUUGCUGGAGAUGUGACACCAGUUGAUGUUAUGUGUCAUUUGCCGGCAGUUUGUGAGGACAAACAAUUGCCAUACAUUUAUGUGCCGCUGAGGGCCGACAUCUCAACCGCAGUUGGUAUCAAAAGACCAGCUCUUAUGGUACUUAUUAAAGAAAGUGCUGAUUAUGAAGACAUAUAUAAUGAAUGUAAACUUGAAAUCAAAUCAUUACCGCUUCCCAUAUAAUAAAUCAUUUUUAUUAUUACCGUUU